GCGUCCUGCUCCUCCUCUUUCUCCUCCUCCGUCUCUCCCUCUCCCGACAUGGCGGCCCCCGCAGAACUCAGCGGGCUCACGGACGAGGCAGCCUACGGCGCCUGCUCGGAGCCGGAUGCCAGUACGAAGGAUUUUAUGUUCCAGCAGACAAUGUUAAGAGUAAAAGAUCCUAAGAAGUCAUUGGAUUUUUAUACAAGGGUUCUUGGAAUGACACUGCUUCAAAAAUUUGACUUUCCUACUAUGAAGUUCUCACUGUAUUUCCUGGGCUAUGAAGAUAAAAAAGAUAUCCCAAAAGAUAAAACGGAGAGAACACCUUGGACCUUUUCUAGAAAAGCUACACUUGAAUUGACACACAACUGGGGCACUGAAAAUGAUGAAAAGCAGUCUUAUCACAAUGGCAAUUCAGAUCCCCGAGGAUUUGGACACAUUGGAAUUGCUGUUCCUGAUGUCUAUAAAGCUUGUAAGAGGUUUGAAGAACUAGGAGUGAAAUUUGUGAAGAAACCAGAUGAUGGUAAAAUGAAAGGACUUGCAUUUGUUCAGGAUCCUGAUGGCUACUGGAUUGAAAUUUUGAAUCCUAACCACAUGGUGACUCUCACUUAAUUCUAAUGAAGUACAGUAUAUGAGAUGCCCACUUGCAGUCCCCUGGUGAAAAUCUGUAACAGUGUUGGCAAAAUUCUUGUUUAAUAGGAUUCAGUCAUGUUCAGAGUCUCCUCUAAAACUAUCCCCUGGGACUUGACUGUACUUGGAUUCCUUUUUUUUCUUGUCCUGUGAUGUCACCACAAUUUGUUUCCAUGUAGGAAUACUGAACCAUUUUCUGGAAGAGCACUUACAGAUUCUCCUCUUGAACAUUGAUUAUGUUAAUAUUUCACUAAACACUGUCAAAAGACGUGUUGACUGGAAACUCACUGCAUCCCACACUGCUUAGAUUUAAACCAACAACAAAAAGUCUUGUGUUACUAUUCAUGAGCUUCAACAAGGAAGAAAAAAAGAAUAUUUUUGAAGUAAAAAGAUCCUGAAGACUUCAUACCCUAUCAUGUAUACUAGAAAAUAAAAUGUCAGAUGAACUUUGACAUGAGUAGUAGCAUGUUUAUCGAAGUCCUAAUCUUACUUAUAUUAUACCAGGCAAACCUCUUUAAGGAGCAGCCUUAAACAGUCUUGAAACAAGAAACUUUGUGGAGGCAAUCAAUCAGUCCAGCAGAAAGAAUUCAGUCUUGCAGCUCCUGACUGCUGAUUUACAGCCAAGAUGAGAGGUCUCAUAGCUGCUAACUCACAGUGACCCUUCUUGUCUCUUUCAACACUAUGAAGAACUUGCUCAUAAUUUUUGUUUCAAUGCAAGGCUGGGGCUGUAUUUAACUUCAAUGCUCUGUACAUUCUGCAUUGGGAAAUUAAUAAAAAUAGUAUCUGAAACAA